AUGACCGUCGCGCGUCGGUUCCCAAGGAUUAUUCUCAAAUCAGAGACUGCACAGCUUACUCUUGCUGCAAAUGCUCUCGCCGUCCUCGGUGGCGUCGCCCUGAUGCCGUCGAAAUCCGCGCCAAAGCAGCUUCCAAUCACCGUUGCACGCUCAUUUCGCAUAGUUUUCAUGCAAAACACACCUAUUCUGUUUAGAGAUCACUUGUUGCAGCAUUUGCUGGCCAACGCAGACAUUCUGAAUAUAUCGACUGUUACACCCACAGGAGACACAAAUCUCACAGUCGAAAUGAAGGGCGCUCCUUGCACUAUUCAUCCUCCUUACGCUACGUUGGACUAUAUUGCACUGGACUAUCGCAUCAAACCGAUCGCCUUUCCCGAAUCCCAAGAGCUCUUUCUCCCGCUUCGCACAUUAUUGGACGAUGCAGUGCACAGGUUCUUGUUCUUGCAUCUUCCUAGGAAUCUCCCCCUCGGGUUUAGUCAACUCAAAGAGGUCAUACCGCGGGAAAUGGACAUGGCACUCCGCAUGGGAGGAUAUGUGGACCGAUUGCUCUCGCUUUCGCAAGAUGCAGUGUUCCAAACCAGGCUCAAGAAACAACUCAAAAGAAUCAGGAAGCAAGCCUACGCUUCUCAAGCGCUCAUUCGCGAACAAUUUGAGCUGACUGAUGUCGACUCACUCUCAUCUCCUUCUACCACCUCUGAGCUAUUACAAUUUGCGGUAACGAGGAUCUGUCAAAGCACUCUCAAGCCAAAGGUUUCAGUGAAAAGGUCAAAAACGACUUCACCGUCUCUGGGAACCCUCGAGCUUGUGGAGGACGAGCAAGGGCCUGGCUAUCUUGCUUCUCAAGAGUCGUAUGGAUUUGACGAAGACGUCUUGGAUAUGGACGAAUACGAGGGAGUAAUUGAUCAUGACUUGGGCGACCUACCAGUAGGAUGGGCAGCAAGCGGGGCUGGGUUGGAUGCGUAUCAUGUCUUGGGCGACGCAACGCUGUCUGACUAUGCAAGCACCAUGCCGGUCACUCCUUCGGCGCCGGAGGAGCACGUGUGGUCGAUGAUGGACGAAGAGCUUGACAUGUCAGAUGCGGCGCAAGAGCCAUUCACCCAGCUUGUGAAACAAACACUCACCGUACACAAUCCUCAUGAACAGCCAAUCGCUUUCAAAGUCAAGACGACGGCACCAAAGCUCUACUGCGUGCGUCCGAAUUCUGGCAGAGUCCAGCCCGGGGAGAGUGUCGAUGUUUCCGUUCUCCUACAGCCUAUGAAGGAGGAUCCACCGCUCUCGUUCAAAUGCAAGGACAAGUUUCUCGUCCAGAGCACCAUGAUUCCAGAUGAAAAGGACCACCUAAACGCCAACGACUUUUGGGCUUCUGUGGCUGGAGACGAUCACAUCAAACUCAACCAACAAAAGCUACGUGUCGUGUACCUCCCAGCAGAAGGUGCACUGCAAGAGGAGGAUGAGCACGACUUGAACCAGGCCAGUAUUAUGACAGAGGGAGACUCGACCCUCCACCGAUAUCAAACCGUCAAGCAGCAUAAUGGACACGCGGCAGACGCUCCAGGGAUCGGAAUUCCAGUCUUUGAUAAUGAGCCCCGAAACUCGCUCGGUGCAGGCUCUGGUAAUCAGCCCCGCGCACAUACGCCAGACGGUGCCGAAUUCGCCAACGCACACGAACAGCAAUCACAUGAAGAACACGAACCCGUUGCUAUAUCCGUUCCAACACCCAUCAUCUCGCCCUCGUCAACGGCCCAAGUUGGUGUUGGUAGCAUGUCGACGACGAUCCCCCGGGUUUCGUAUGACCAUAGCGCUGAAUAUGCAGCUAAACUGGCUGAAGCGAAUGCGGAGAUUGCUAGGUUGCAAGCCCUCCUUGCCAACUCGAACACGCAAGGUAUCAGGCGGCGGCCAGUGUUUUCCGACGACGGGACGAGCGUACAGGAUGGUGUGACGGAUGCUGGUCUCGAUGAUAGUGCGAGUGUCAUUGGCACCGUGACACGACCGGACGGCGUACCGCUCAACGUAGUGGCCAUGGUCAGCGUAUUGGUGUUUGUCAUUACGUAUCUCUUCUUCUAG